CGCAGAAAUUAUUUAGGAUUUAUUAACAACAUAAACCCUAUCAGGAUAUUGCGACCUGCUGCUUCUCUAUUUUACUGCUAAGAACUGAGAGUAGAAUUACACUACUUCCAAUUUCUGCACAUGGAGUAGGAUUCGACUUGUAUGAUUUGAUUGCUCGACAUUUCAAGCAACCACCAAAAUCAAAAUCAAGAUGACCAUCCACUCCAUUGUAAUCCAGAAAUUACUCAGCACUAACGCUCAUUUGGGCCGCCGCGUCGCCGCCGAUCACUUCAAGAUCUAUACUUACGGAAUUCGUAACUCGCAGGCCAUAAUCGAUUCUGAUAAAACCCUUAUCUGUCUUCGGAAUGCUGCUAACUUCAUUGCCCAUCUAGCUCGUGACAAGAAGGCCCGGUUUCUAUUCGUCAAUACCAAUCCUCUCUUCGAUGAGAUCGUAGAGCAAAUGACUAAGAAAAUUGGGCUGUAUAGCCCUAGAGAUAACAUUCUGUGGAGAAUGGGCGGUUUUUUGACUAAUAGUUUUAGCCCUAAAAAAUUUAGGUCGAGAAAUAAAAAGGUUUGUUUUGGUCCAAUACAACCGCCGGACUGUGUAGUUGUGUUGGACACAGAGAGGAAAAGUUCGGUGAUUUUGGAGGCUGAUAGGCUUCAGGUUCCAAUUGUGGCUCUGGUAGAUUCCAGUAUGCCAUGGGAGUUCUAUAAGAAGAUUGCGUAUCCUAUUCCUGCCAAUGAUUCAGUUCAAUUUGUGUACUUGUUUUGCAAUAUGAUUACCAAGACAUUCUUGCUCGAGCAGAAGAAGUUGAAAGCAAUGAGAGGAGAUGUCGCUGUGGAAGAGCCCGUUGCUUCUAAGAAAGAAUCCAGGGAGAACGUGAAACAAAUUGAGCAAAGUGAGAGUGAGAGCGAGAGCAAAGUCAGCACUCCAAUUGAAGAACUGCUAGUUGUUCCUUAUCAGAAUUUAACUCCUGCUCCUAAUGACAUUGUGGAAAUUAAGCAGCUUUUGGACAAGCUCGUCGUCGUGAAGUUCAAUGGCAGUUUGGGAACCUCGCUUGGGUUUAGUGGCCCCAAGUCUGCAAUUGAAGUUCGUAAUGGUUUGACUUCUCUUGAUUUAAUUGUUAAUCAAGUUGAGUCUCUCAAUUCCAAGUAUGGGUGCCAUGUACCUUUAGUCCUCAUGAAUGCAACCAAAACACAUGAUGAUACCUUAAAGGUUUUGGGAAAAUAUUCCAAGUCAAGUGUUGAUAUUCACCCGUUUAUCCUGGGUUAUUGUCCUCAACAGGAAUCUCUUGGUGAGCAUAACAGCAAUGAAAAGUCGUAUGCUUCUGAUGAUGCUUCAGCCUUCCUUUCCUUGAUGAAGAGUGGGACUCUUGAUGUGUUAUUAUCACAGGGAAAGGAGUAUGCACAUGUGAUUAGCUCAGAUAAUUAUGCUGCUGCCCUUGAUCCUAAUGUCUUGAAUCAUUUGAUCCAAAACAAGAUUGAAUACUGUAUGGAGGUGACUCCAACUGCAUCAACUUAUAUGAGGAAUAGUAUGGCUAAUCAACGUCAAGGAAGGUUUCAGGUUCAAUGUCACCUUAACUUAAUGGUUCUUUAUCCGUGUAGAUGUGACCAUCUUCGGGAAAUUAUGCAAAAUCCUUCUAAGCAUUUGAUGGAGGAGUUCAAAUUUAUAGAUACGAGAAGCUUGUGGGUGAAUUUGAAAGCCAUCAAAAGGCUUGUUGAUACUAAUGCAUUGAAGAUGGAGAAUCUUUCUAUUUCAAAGUUAUUUGAUCAAGCUGUUGGCAUAAUCGUUCCUCAAUCUCGGUUUGUUCCACUAAAUGCAACAUCGGACUUGCUGCUUCUCCAGUCUGAUCUGUAUUCAUCUUCUGAAGGCACUUUAGUUUGGAAUGCUGCUAGAGAUAACCCUAUAAAUCCAUCUAUUGAAUUAGGACCUGAAUUCGAAAAGGUUAGUGACUACCUAAGUCGCUUCAAAUCCAUCCCUAGUAUAACUGGGCUGGAUGGCUUGAAGGUGAUUGGUGAUGUGUGGUUUGGAGCUGGUGUGACUCUUAAGGGAAGAGUAAGUAUUGUUGCAAAGCCUGGGCAGAAACUGGAAAUUCCUGAUGGAGUGGUACUGGAGAACAAGGAGAUCAAUGAUCCUGCUGACAUUUGAGGAUCCCUUAAACCCAUUUGUUGUUUAUUGAUAGAGUUUUAUGGGCUAAAAUUUUGUAAUAAUAGGCGAAUAUUUUGUUUGUAGGCUCUUCUAUCUCUGUAUUUAAAUUAUGUCACCUGAUCAUUCUUAUUUUUAACUGACAAAAAUAAGGACGAUGGAAUAGAGCAGGAAUCCAAUUGGAAGUGCCCUAUAUACGUGCGCCAUUGUUAAGGCAAUUUAAGGCCUUUAGUUCGCCGAUGAAAAGUGGUUGAAGGUUGAAGCCAUCAACAAGAACAGUAAAAGUCAUUUGAAAUCAUUUUUGUUUGAGCAAAGAUGCAAUGUUUUAACCAUUGUCGAUAUAUUGUUUAAUGGAUUACAAAGCAACAGCUUUCUGCUUCUUCAAA